AUGGCGCUACAGACAGGUACUUCAGCCCGACAGCGAUGCGAGCUGCUGGCAGCACAAAAUGUCCUUGGUGCUACUACUAUACCGAGAUUCAGCAGGCACAGCAGCAAGCAAUCGACGAAAGAACCACUCAUCACGUAUUCACGAAAGGAUAGACCUCUCUCCUUGACUGCAGACCAAUUCGUGAGGAAAGACACCUACGAUCUGCCAUCUGAUGAUGAUCAUCAGGAUGUCAGCCGCCAGAAAGAGGCGAGUCCGCCUCAUGUUGGCUCGGGAAGCUCACGCAUGUCAGCCCUGUCAAAUGCAGAUGAAGGUGUCUUGCUCCAGAUCGUCCGGCACGCGAAGCCCGACACGCUGUCUACACUUCAACCCGGAAAACCGAUAUCAGCGGCGCCACCUGACGGAGAUGCUGGUGAUGUCGCAGACCACUUUCGCCUGAUCCGGAGCAAGGGUCUGUCAAAGAAGACCAAACCGAAGGCAACCAAGCCAAACAACAGAGCUCUAGAAUUUGACGGCCUGGAAAAGGUGGCUGGUGCAGCCAAAGGACUUCCACGACGAUUGCCAGUGCGCGAGCUGGUAUUUGUACCAUCGUUACCGGACGGGAAUGAGUUCGGCUCAUUGAGAAAUGUCGUCGGCAUUGGUACGAAUGGUGCAGUUCCUCUGGAGGGAUUAGUAUCGCCAGAGCACAAUCAAAGCAGGCCAACGACGUCAGCCACUGCUAUAAGAAAGAGACUAUUGACUGCGAAGCUGAGGACCAAGAAACUCAGACGAAAGAGUCUCGGUCAGGGUACAUUGAUCGGCUUCAAUACAUCCGCUGUUGACGUUGGUGAUGGUUUCGAGGCGUUGGAAAAGCAGAUCACGGACCAGCUCAAGCCUACUCGAUUGCCGCGCAGAUCAAGAACAGCGAUGAUGUUCAGGGCAUUGGCCUUGAGCGAUGGGCCUUUACCGGAGGUAAUAUUCGACUCCGCUGCAGAUGAGCUCCAGCUUGGGCUCACUGCUGGACCGCUUCACCCUAUGGGGUCAAGGAAUGAGGAUGAUGUCCCCGUCAUGUCCGUGAACGCUCCUCGACGCAAAGUCAGCUUCAGUAAUCAACUGGAGUUGAUAAAAGCGCAGCUGUCUUCUGUCAGAGCUAUGCGACGGCAGACUGACGGUGAUUCCGACGACGAGGAGCCAGAGGUAGAGGAUGAAGAUGCAGUCGUGGAAGGCUUUGAAGCCGUGGAUUACGGCGAGGCCGAAGAACGCUCAGGUGAUGAAGCUAUCGAGGAUCGUCCUUACCAUCCAUCAGCACAAGAAGCAACCUCCCAGCAGCUUCGCCCACGCUCUACCGUGGGCACCUUUGUCGAAGAAAUCGAGGAGGACGAUCAAAUGACGGACUAUGGCGUGGAUCUAAAUUCCGGGCAGUCAGCUCGACACAAUAGAUGUGGCCGACUUUCUAGGUCUGUGCUCAACGAGGUCAACGAGAGCAUAGAAGACGGGCCAAAUCCCAUCAGAAAGCCACUACGGCGCCGGUCGAUCCUCAAGAACAGUGUGCAUGUGGCUCCCAAGACGACCUACUCACGGGAGCAUACCGAGGCCAACACCCGCCGCAACAGUAUUGUAGUGCUAGAGGAUAGUCACUACUUCGCCGGCGCUAUGCAAGGCCUUGCCGCUCCCGACCCUGCUAGACAUCGGAUUGUGCCUCGUCGAGCAAGUCGUUAUGAUAUGGUACGAGAGAACGAGGGCGAAGCAGCGGACCCCGGGACCUCCUUGCAGCCACUCAACUAUGUGGACGUUGGCUCGGCUUUGUCAGCAUUACGAAGCACGAAGGACAGCUUCUACACAUCUCAACGGCUGCCUGAGCUACGGAGGGAUUUGAAGGCACUGACGAGAAACGUAAGCAGGGAACAUGGGACACUGAGCCAGUCGAUAAGGAGACGAUCAAGUCUUACAUUCCAACCACCAAUGACAGUUCGCUGA